AUGGCGCGUUCGACUAUCACGCGUGCCACUCCAAGCCGCUUCGUGCUUGCAGGGCUGCUGGUUUUGGCAUUGGCUCGUCUGGCUUCUGCCGACUGCGUUCCGGGCACAUCCAUCGACACCACACUCAACCCAGGCACGGGGUCCACUGACGCUGAAGCCCCUGGUGAAGUCGAUCCCAUGUACAACGAUGCCUCGAAGGCCUUCAACCACGAUGCCACUGGCGAGUCCUUCUUCGUGUCGUAUCUGACUCCGACACCCGAUGACCCAAUCAGUCUCAUCUACACGUAUGCCGGUGACACACCAACUCUCGUCAAUAGCUACUCGAUUACUGUUGUUUCAUCGGACACCGCCAGGCCGUGCGACGGCUUUGGCUCCGAGUGCAACCAGCAAUCGCCCGGUGUCUGGACGUUUGAGGGCUAUUUGGGCGGCACCUGGACCAUCUUGGACUACCGUGCCGAGUUCAACUGGCAGACGGACGAAACUCGCUCCUUCUGCGUCACCAACGAUGUCGCGUACUCUGCUUACCGUCUGCGCAUGACUGCCAAUGCCGGUUAUGAUUGCACCAACACCGGGGCGUGCGGCGACUCCAUUCGUUCCGGUGUUUCGCUUCGCAGUCUGACCCUCAACAAUGAGUGCCGAGUUAUUCCCUGCCCCCAGCAAACUUCGUCGGCAACCCCCUCCGUCACUCCUUCGUCUGCAACCCCCUCGUCGGCAACCCCCUCCGUCACUCCUUCGUCUGCAACCCCCUCGUCGGCUACUCCGUCCGUGACCCCUUCUUCGGCUACUCCUUCUUCGGCUACUCCUUCGUCGGCUACUCCUUCGUCGGCUACGCCCUCGUCGGCAACCCCUUCGUCGGCUACUCCGUCCGUCACCCCUUCGUCGGCUACGCCCUCGUCGGCUACUCCGUCCGUCACCCCUUCGUCGGCUACUCCUUCGUCGGCUACUCCUUCGUCGGCUACUCCUUCGUCGGCUACGCCCUCGUCGGCAACCCCUUCGUCGGCUACUCCGUCCGUCACCCCUUCGUCGGCUACGCCCUCCUACUCCGUCCGUCACCCCUUCGUCGGCUACUCCUUCGUCGGCUACUCCUUCGUCUGCUACUCCUUCGUCAGCUACGCCUCGUCUGCAACGUCUUCCUCCGCGACUCCCGAGGUUUCGUCUGCCACUCCCGAGGUUUCGUCUGCCACUCCUGAGGUCUCGUCUGCCACUCCUGAGGUCUCGUCUGCCACUCCUGAGGUCUCGUCUGCCACUCCUGAGGUCUCGUCUGCCACUCCUGAGGUCUCGUCUGCCACUCCUGAGGUCUCCUCCGCGACUCCCGAGGUUUCGUCUGCCACUCCUGAGGUUUCGUCUGCCACUCCUGAGGUCUCGUCUGCCACUCCUGAGGUCUCCUCCGCGACUCCUGAGGUCUCGUCUGCCACUCCCGAGGUCUCGUCUGCCACUCCUGAGGUCUCGUCUGCCACUCCUGAGGUCUCCUCCGCGACUCCCGAGGUCUCUUCUGCUACCCCCGAGCCGUCUUCUGCUACCCCCGAGCCGUCUUCUGCUACUCCCGAGGUCUCGUCUGCCACCCCUGAGGCAUCGUCCACUCGUCCUGUUGUCGAAUCGUCCACUCGCCCUGUUGUCGAAUCGUCCACUCGCCCUGUUGUUGAAUCGUCAUCUCGACCUGUCGUCGAGUCAUCGACCCGCCCUGUGGUUGAGUCAUCCACCCGCCCUGUGGUUGAGUCAUCCACCCGCCCUGUGGUUGAGUCAUCCACCCGCCCAGUUGUCGAAUCUUCUUCGCGCCCAGUUGUCGAAUCUUCUUCGCGCCCCGUGGUCGAGUCUUCAAGCCGCCCUGUUGUCGAGUCUUCAAGCCGCCCUGUUGUCGAGUCUUCAAGCCGCCCUGUUGUCGAGUCUUCAAGUCGUCCCGUUGUCGAGUCUUCUUCUCGUCCUGUUGUCGAGUCUUCGAGCCGUCCCGUCGUCGAGUCCUCCAGCCGCCCUAUUGUCUCCUCUAGCCGCCCCAUUGUGGAAUCUAGCGCCACGCCAACACCCUCGUCUGCCACUCCCGAGGUCUCCUCCGCUACGCCCGAGGUUUCGUCCGCUACCCCCGAGGUCUCAUCUGCCACUCCCGAGGUCUCAUCUGCCACUCCCGAGGUCUCAUCUGCCACCCCUGACAUCUCAUCUGCCACCCCUGAAGCUUCGUCCGCCACCCCUGAAGCUUCGUCCGCCACCCCUGAAGCUUCGUCCGCCACCCCUGAAGCUUCGUCCGCCACCCCUGAAGCUUCGUCCGCCACCCCUGAAGCUUCGUCUGCCACUCCCGAGGUCUCCUCGGCUACGUUCACUGGAACUCCGACGCCUACCUUCUCGGGCACGCCUGGGACCUACACCUUUGCAAGCUCGUUUGCCUUCAUCGUCUAUGCUUUCAGCCCGCCUUUCCUGGACUUGCCUACAUGGAUCUCCUACGACCCUACUUCGGGUGUUUUCGACGGUCUCGCUCCUGCCAACUCGACUGCUUUUUCGGGCGCGAUUCGCUUGCUCGCGAUUGACGACAACGGAAACGUGGCCUCCACCACUUUCUUCUAUGAUGUUGUUCCCAACGGAUUGGUCCCGAACUAUCUGCUCUCGAUCACCGCCGACUACCCGCUUGCCGAUUUCACGCCAACCGAUCAAGUCAACCUUGCUGCCCAGCUGGCUCGUCUGUUCUCGGUCUCGAUGGACGAUCUGUUCAUCUGGGAGUUGAUUUCUGGCUCCACGAUUGUUCACUUUGUGACCAGCGACAACGACCUCAACCAAGCGUUGGGCUACUGGCAGACCAUGUACUUGCUUGGCUUGGAGGGCCUCACCUCCGAGACGGGCUUCCCCAUUAUUGCCUUCGGCUUCGCCUCGCCCUCUGAUGUCAGCAUCGCAACCCCAACUCCCACUGAGGUGGUUACUGGAACCAACACUGCAGUUGAUGCCUCAUCCAACACCCCCCCCUCCGUGAUUACGGACGAGCCGCUCAACACUGCGACUGUCACGGCGACUAACAAUCCUGCUUCCACUGACGUCGAGACCUCCAGCCCUUCCGAGACCUCCAACCCUUCGGAGACCUCCAACCCUUCCGAGACCUCCAACCCAUCUGAGACUGUCGCUCCGUCCGCCAGCACCGAGGUUGUCAAUCCGUCGUCCGAUGUCGUCGCCAGCUCGGCCACACCCGCUGGCACCUCAACCUCCACUGCCACGGCAGGCUCCAGCGCUUCCAGCUCAGAUGACGACGAUGAUCACUUGGUCGCCAUUCUUGUCCCGAUCUUUGUCGUCCUCUUUGUCGCCUUGGUGAUUUUGGGUAUUGUUUACCGCGCUCGUGGCCGUCGUGGAUCCUACCGUCCCGAUGAGCCCUACCUGGGCGAAAAGGCAGUCAAGGCUGUUGUCUAUCCCCCAUCCAGCACUCUGCCACGGACUGAAGCGCCGGCUGCUUCCGCUGCCAGUGCCCGUCCUUCGGCAACUGCUGCUGCACCUUCCGGCGCUGAGCGCGCGCGUGUGCCACCACCCUACCAAUCCCCGCCAAACUACGACACAAUGGAGCCCGCUCCUGAAGUUAAGCGGCCAACGGCCGCCGCGCCAGUCUCCUCGGCCUCGCCAAGCCUCUCAACGCUUGGAAACAACAAGGAGUUCCUGAUCUAA